UCAAAAAUUAUGUUUUGAUAUAUUUACGGUAGGAAAUUUACAAAAUAUCUUCUCGGAAUAUGAUCUUUAAUAUCCUAGUGAUUUUUGGCAUAACAGAAAAAUCGAUCAUUUUGACCCAUACAAUGUAUUUUUGUCUCUUACAACAAAUAUACCUGUGCUACUUAUGACUGCUUUUGUGCUCCAUGGUCACAUAUGUAUGCACACGUAUCCAUAUAACUAACUAACUGUAUGUAUGUAGUAUACGUGUAUAUAUACAUAUAUAGCUUGAUAGAUAUGUAGAUAAACUCACUUUGAUAGAUAUUUAUACAAACACUUAUGUACUAAAAAAUAAGUACACACACAUACAAAUCGGAACUUUGUAAUCAAGUUUUAGGAAUUUGAAAAAGUAAAACAAAGCAACUUCGUGACAAAAUGAGACAUUUUUGAGUAUUCUGCGCUAUUUCUAUGUGUCUACGCAAAACUGAGUGACAUUUAUAAUGUACAAACGAUUAAAUGUUCUUCCAUUAAAACAUUUUAAAUCAUGCUGGUAAACAGGAUUUCAGGUUUGGUUGCUGCUGACAUCCUCAAAUUAAUCUUUACACUUAAAUUGUUAUGCAGAAGAAAUAGUAGCACAUGCAAUGAAACAAUUGAUAUUAAAUGAAACCCAAGCAUCUUCCUGAGUAUUUGCAGAGCCACUGAAGAAAUACUCGCACAUUCACACACAGCCCACACGUAAGUCAGACGCUCACACAUCACAGCCUCCUCGCACAUUCACACUCGCGUCUGCCACGAUCCCACUAAAGCAGAUCAGAUGGUAAAGCUGAUGUGUAACCCUGCCAUCCAGGUUCUCGCGCUGGAUUAGCCUGGCUUCAACAAUUAAAAGUGUUUUAAACCAGGAUGGAGUGGCAGCCGGAUGAACAGGGUUUACAGCAGGUGCUGCAGCUGCUGAAGGACUCACAGUCUCCAGAUACGGCCACACAGAGAGCCGUUCAAGAGAAACUGGAGCAGCUGAAUCAGUUUCCAGACUUCAACAACUAUCUCAUCUUCGUCCUCACCAGCCUCAAAUCUGAAGACGAGCCCACCCGUUCUCUGAGCGGUCUGAUUCUCAAGAACAACGUGAAGGCUCACUACCAGAACUUCCCUCCGGCCGUGGCCGACUUCAUCAAGAGAGAGUGUCUCAACAACAUCGGAGACCCGUCCCCGCUCAUCCGCGCCACCAUCGGUAUUCUCAUCACUACUAUCGCGUCUAAAGGGGAGCUGCAGACAUGGCCUGAGCUGCUGCCUCAACUCUGCAACCUCCUCAACUCGGAGGAUUACAACACCUGCGAGGGUUCUUUUGGUGCGCUGCAGAAGAUCUGUGAGGACUCGUCUGAACUGCUGGACAGUGACGCUCUGAAUCGACCCCUCAACAUCAUGAUCCCCAAAUUCCUGCAGUUCUUCAAACACUGCAGCCCCAAGAUCAGGUCUCAUGCCAUAGCGUGUGUGAAUCAGUUCAUUAUUGGCAGGGCUCAGGCUCUCAUGGACAACAUCGACACAUUCAUAGAGUCUCUGUUUGCGUUGGCGGGUGAUGAAGACUGCGAGGUGAGGAAGAAUGUGUGCAGAGCUCUGGUCAUGCUGUUGGAGGUCCGGAUCGACCGACUGAUACCGCACAUGCACAGCAUCAUACAGUACAUGCUGCAGCGCACGCAGGACGCGGAUGAGAACGUGGCGCUGGAGGCGUGUGAAUUCUGGCUGACUCUGGCGGAGCAGCCCAUCUGUAAAGAGGCUCUGUCAGGACACCUGGUCCAACUCAUCCCCAUCCUGGUCAACGGAAUGAAGUAUUCUGAGAUUGACAUCAUUUUACUGAAGGGUGACGUGGAGGAGGAGGACGACAACGUUCCUGACAGCGAGCAGGACAUCAAGCCUCGCUUCCACAAGUCACGUACCGUCACGCUGCAGCACGAGGGAGGAGAGGGAGAGGAAGGAGAGGACAUCGACGAAGACGAGGAUGAUGACGACGACACGCUGUCUGACUGGAACCUACGGAAGUGCUCUGCGGCGGCGCUGGACGUGUUGGCUAACGUCUUUCGGGACGACCUGUUGCCGCACCUGCUGCCGCUGCUGAAGGGUUUGCUGUUCCACCCUGACUGGGUCACCAAAGAGUCCGGGAUACUGGUGCUGGGAGCCAUCGCUGAAGGCUGUAUGCAGGGUAUGGUACAGUACCUGCCCGAGCUCAUCCCGCACCUGAUCCAGUGUCUGUGUGAUAAGAAGGCUCUGGUUCGCUCCAUCGCCUGCUGGACGCUCAGCCGCUACGCACACUGGGUGGUGAGCCAGCCGCCAGAUGCCCACCUCAAACCGCUCAUGACAGAACUGCUCAAACGCAUCCUAGACGGCAACAAGAGGGUGCAGGAGGCUGCCUGCAGUGCAUUUGCGACUCUGGAGGAGGAAGCGUGUACGGAGCUGGUUCCGUACCUCAGUUUCAUUUUGGACACUCUGGUGUUUGCGUUUGGAAAAUAUCAGCACAAGAACCUGCUCAUCCUCUACGACGCCAUCGGCACCCUGGCAGACUCUGUCGGACAUCAUCUGAACCAACCGGAAUACAUCCAGAAACUGAUGCCUCCUCUGAUCCAGAAGUGGAAUGAACUGAAAGACGAGGAUAAAGACCUGUUUCCUCUGCUGGAGUGUUUGUCGUCUGUGGCUACGGCAUUACAGAGCGGUUUCCUCCCGUACUGUGAGCCCGUCUAUCAGCGCUGUGUUACUCUGGUGCAGAAAACACUCGCACAAGCCAUGAUGUACAGCCAGCAGCCGGAUCAGUAUGAGGCUCCAGAUAAGGACUUCAUGAUAGUCGCUCUGGAUCUGCUCAGCGGUCUGGCCGAAGGUCUCGGGGGUCAUGUGGACCAGCUGGUUGCCCGUAGCAACAUCAUGACCCUUCUGUUCCAGUGUAUGCAGGUACAAUGUGACUGAGGUGAGC